AGUGGCACAUGAACUGUUGCCGCUCUAGCACCUUCGCGGUCUUCUGCUAAUGGCUGCUCUGAGAAACAGCGCCUGGCCUGUGUGGUGGUCCCAAAGGACGAUGAUGCAGGACGGCCUGCGUCCACUGCCGGGGCGACUGCCCUCUUCCCCUCGAUUUCUUCGCUGAUCCUACCGCCGACACCGGUUCCACUUCCCGGUGCGAAAUGCCUGCACUCGACAGCCAGCACCGAGCUUUGCGUCACGCACCGGAUUCCGAAGCCAUGCAUCCCACCCGUGUAAAGCUGUCAACGCCUGCUCUCCCCUUUUUUUGCAUCGUCGUGUUUUCUUCGGAAGGUUGUCCUUGUCCUGGGAAGGCGACCCCCGUUGACACAGCCGGUCGCUCCGCCGCUGCGCAGUCCAAGUGUUCACGCGCGCUGCCCCACGCGUUGCAUUCACCAUCUCCGUUCUGCUUUAGUGUUCAGCAGAUUCGCUUAUUGCUCUGGGUCGAUUGCUUCGUGCGUGCUUGUUUAUUUUCUGCGCACACCAAGUGCUGUUUUUCGAACCCGUAGAGUCUCCGUUUAAGACCGGUGAAAACAGUUGCUUGGGGCCACAGGUUUGGCAAAGUUAGCGUCACCUUUGGAGGCAGCGUGAACGACUGCAAAUUCAUUUUAUUUAUUUCCUGAUUGAAGAGACAGAGGUCCGGGAAGCUACGUUUGGUACAGUGCCCGCAUUACCUUCAAUUGCCGCGUGACAUUCGUCUGUCUGGGCGGAAGCGGAGUCUCCAUGCGUAUUUGGCUUGGUGAGUUCGUGUCUCGUCAAUCUCUCUCAUCGCAGCGCUACUUCCGUGUCGCUACAGUCGACGUGUGCCUGACCUCUUGAAAAUGAAGCGCCAACAACCCGACAGAAACAACGCCGAGGCCGCCGCUUGCCAAAAGCAGCGGCGUUUGGAGGAGGACCCUGACGUAAAAGGAAGCGGCUGCUGCUGUUCCUCUGAGGAAGCUGCGGCUCUGCUGCAGCCUCAUAUGAAGGACCUAGAUGGUAUUCAAGCUGAACUUCAGAAGCUCGAGGAGGAGUGCGCGAAGCAACAGAUGGUAGUCCAGAAGGAGUUCGACGAGAAGAAGAAGCCGGUGCUCGUGAAACGUCAAGAGAUCAUCGACAAGAUCCCCGGCUUUUGGUGCAGAUGCCUUCGAAACCAUCCUCAACUUGCGUACCUUGUGGAGGAGGACAUCCCCAUCCUCGAGCAUUUGAAGCGCAUUGAUCUGGAUGACAACAUUGACGAGCAUGGCUCGUACAAAAUUAAGUUCACCUUUGACGAGGCGGCGAAAGCCUUUAUGGAGCCUUUGGUCCUGGAGAAGCACGUGCAAUUCCAUAACGACCCCUGCUCCGAGGAGGUUGUGAGCGUGACAGAGAUCACCUGGAAAGAAGGCAAGUCGCCCGUGGCAGCGGCUGAGGCGAAACGCGCAGGGGAUGCAGAUGACGAUGUAGAUGUGGUUUCUUUCUUUGAGUGGUUCACAAAGGAACCCAGCGAGGAAGCUUCUCGUCUUGAGGUGGGCGAAAUCAUCCGCAGGGAAAUCUGGCACGCGCCUGUGCCGUACUUCCUCGAUGAGGUAGCUGACAUUGACGAAGACGAUGACGAGGAUUUGAGUGAUGAGGACGAAGACGAAGAAGACGGCAGUGACAAUGCCAACGAGGAGGGCGGAGACGAAGACGACGAAGGAGACGAAUAGAAGGCAGGUCUUGCUCGUGGAAAAGUUGAGUACAUUUCUUCAGUGUUGGAGUCCCCUUCUACGAUUCCCGUGGCAUUUUCGUGCAUCCGCUCAGUUUUGCAUGCCAAGCAGCCGCGGCAUAUGAUGUGAAGGGGGAUUGCACGGAGACGAGAACUAAAGGCGGUUUUGCUGUUUUGGUGGCGCCUAGUCAACACGUCAUCGUUGUCGAUAAUUUUUGUUUCACACCGUUGGCGUAACGUUGGUGCUCCCCUCCAAGGCGGCACACCGGUCUCUCUGAAGACGUUUUCAUGUACUUUCCUGAAUCAGUAAAAAAAUGCGAACUGACCCCACUGCAUUAUCCAGCCAAAUGCCUCAUCGGUCAGACGGGAGUCUUCUUGUCUGCUACGACCCACCCUCGCCCUUCCGUCCGAAGCACCAUAUGCGGUUCUGCAUAAUGAACCUUAACGUCAGUGGGGGGAUGCUAGGCUGGUCUUACGGGCUCGACAGCGACGGAUUCGCCAUGGGCCUAGGUGUUGUGUCAUUAAGAGUCGCCUGUCGACAACUGCGAGUGUGUAAUCUAGAACAUAUCAAAAUAUUUUGCGGAGGCUCGCGUGAAGGAUUGUGGUAUACACAAGGAGCUCACGUCGGGUUGAAAUAACAGACCUUAAUUCAGAGGGUUUAUGCUCUUCUCGCCCACCCGCGAUCUGCCCGCAACCUGCACCACUUUUUCACCCGUCUUAGUGUAUUCUGUGACGCAGUUGAACAUAGUUGUGCUUACCCAACAGGCACCAGGUGGCCGUCCCAGCUUCAAGACGUUCGUUUUUUCCGUUAGAAGUCGUGAACCUUACGGUAUCAUGGUGUUGCCGAGGUUGCUGAUUGAUGCCAGGACGACCCGGUGAAAGCAACGUUCAUUUCGGUUUUUUCGGUAAGAAAAGCGACUCUGUUCACACUCAGUAAAACCUAAGCCUUAAGACAUGAUGAACGUGACCGAACACUCUGCCCGGUGUGUUUCAGCAGAAUAACUCACACCAUCCGUGAAUUAAGGGGGAGCUGGCGUGGUUUGUUAUGGCAUGAAAUCAAAGAAUGUGCCACCUUAUAUGCCACUGAAAUCUGUUCAACAAAGUGAUUAGACGAAUGGCGUAUCUCCUCACCCGACUCAUUCACGAUAGUGGAGUGGUAGGGUCUUCUACUCCUAUUCUGACGUCGAAGAGUAGUCGAGUUCCGUGGUGAAGUUGUUCCGCGUGUUGUAUCACGGAUUUUACAUUUUUCAUGCUACGACGCGAUGAGCGCCUUGCGAGCGCCCCUUCAUGGGUGCCGGAAGGAUAUUUAUGUGGUGUCGUGUUUAAAAACGCUGACAUCGAGAAGGUCAGCGACUGCCCGUCCGUUGCUAGCAGCAAAACCUGCUAGAACAGAGCAGACCUUCAUCCCGUUGGCAUGUGUAACCAGCGCCAAGGUUGCCUGUUGUUUGGAGGCGUGGCCAACAGCACCAGUGAUACAGUACACAGUCGGACGUUUCUGAGCGCGGUGGCACGCAAGUCGCACGGACGCAGCAGAUAGAGCAAAAUGUACACCACUGUGUUCCGUGCUUUUUCUGCUGGAAACGGCGUCUGGACACACAUGCUGAGCUUUGUGUCAGUCCCCCACUAAUGCCAGAGAUGUUCGCGGAGCUUCACUGAAAUGGUGACUAAUUAAUGAAUAUGCAACUUUGCAAAAAUGUGGCGUUAAGAGAAACGUGCAAACGCCGCCUGGUUUCAGCUGCGUACGCGAUUAGUCAACCAACGUGUAGUUUCAUUUGUUUUUCACUAUCCGCGUCACAUGUCAUUCACUCCCUUACUUUGCGAGUAUUUCCUUUUCCAUGCACAAAAUUGCAAUGUGUGCGGCGCAUUCUUCACCGCAUGGAUGGGCUUCUACCUGCUUGUCUAUCGCAAGCUAUAUGACUCACAAAGCGGGUCCAAACGUUGGAGGUGCUACAUGGGGUGACGCGUAUACCACACGGAAAAGUACAGCUCGAAAAAAAACGCAUUUUAGCACAGGCUCACACUCGCCUUUGACCCACUGUAGCUGCCCGAACUCGAUGGUCACGACGGUUUACCGAACGGUACAUUCUCGUCACUACCGAACGAGGGAACUACUUCCCCGAACAACGGCAAACUUCUCGAGUGCCUAACAUUCACCAGUAGCAACAAGCGCUGAUUACCACGCAACAUAUUAACCUUAGGAAUGCUGAAGAUACGGCUGUGCAACUGAUGGUAACCACAAAAGAUGCUCCUCCGGCGCUGCUUGAAAAAAGACCCAGAAUGACAUAUACAGAUGUACCGUCGAACUGCAAUUGUAAACCGUGGAGGUAUCACCAGCUGCUGUCGUGCUGCCUCGAGAGUUCCUGCCCAAACGGUAGAGCAAAAUGUGCGAAGGAACAGAUGCAUUAAACGCCGAUCUUCAACUUCGGCUGCCGAUAUCUCAAGGUCGAGAAGGAUCUGAGAGACAAGCGACGAAAAUGAGACAGAAAGCGAACAAAAAAAGGACACCGAGAAAGCUGAGGAUAGGGAGCCAAAUAAAGCGUGUGAGGACGGCUCCGAAAGGUAUGCUGGAGAAGUGAGGGCAGAGGAUACCAAAGCAAAAAACGAUUUUUCAAAAACAUUCCCAAAUGCUGUGUCCUCCAUUCCGUCAGGGAAACCUCCAUUAUUUCUGUGCGCUGUACCGUAGACAGCUCUGAGACUCCCUUGCAACGCUGCGGUUGACGUUCGGAUGGAACAUGAGUAUGUAUCUUGAAGCGCCCGUACCAGACAGGAAGGAAGGCUCGGCUCUUUGUCAGAAUCCCAAACUUGAUCGUGGGGACCCCCGUUUUCGCCUUCUUUUCGCGUAUGCGGAAAAGGCCUUCGAAAUUGAGGAGUAAAAAGGCAGCCAUUGUGUGUGCUCACAGAAACGCCUAGUCGAGUCAACUGCCACGCGCUUGUGCCCGUCCGCCGUCUCGCAUAGUACCAAGAAGUGGUGUUUCGAGGCAGGGCCUCAACACGGGGGCACCGGUUUAUGUAGGUGCCUUGGAACCACUUUUGUCCGGGGACAAGUAUUUCCCGGUCACGCUUGAAUGCGUACCGUGUCUGAAUUCGUGACGUAGAAGCAUGCGACACCGCCGAACUAAGACAGCGAAGGGCAUGCUUGGAGAACUUGGAGCUCGCCAACGGCAACACAAAGCAUUCGCUUAUGGAGUACGUGAAGGAAGAUAGACAAUCUCGGAGAACUUCAGACGAAAAGUGGGGGGCCUGGAAGAAAGACAAACAACCUUCCAGAAAAACACGGAUUGCCGCUUGAAGGCUUCCAGAGAAAAGAAAUAGUAGAAGGCUCUCGAGAAACAGAAAGAAGGGCCCAGCUGUUUGUGCGUAUUGAUUUCUCGUGCCUGGAAGUAUUGUUUGUGACGCGCUCCUGAUCAGCCCUACCGCUAGCAUACUACCGAGCGGUAAGUCGUGUCCCGCGUCAAGGAAGCGGGCAAUCAGAAACGAGGAAAUGGAGCCUGUACCAACGUCUAAACAGUCAAGUACAAAAGAUCUAAAGCACCAUUCGCAUGGACGUCUAAAUAUGGCGCGUGAUACAACCACUGAAGCGCAAUACACGGCAACUGCCGACGUUACGUGCUUGGCUAGAACCAUCCAUGGGGUGACCACCAGAAAAAGCACACCACAGACCACAGCACCAUACGCUUGAGAUAGAAGGAACAUGAAUAAAACGAAACAUCCCGGAAGAAGAACAGCACCGACUUCUCCAAGAAUGACCACAGGGACAACGUAAUCGACAAACACACGCCACACACCCCCCGGAGGUGAAACAACGCAAGCCUCAAAGUUCCAUGCAGUCGUGGCUACAUCAUGAGUCAUCCGUUGUUUCACUUGAGCUCGGGGAAGACACUCUGCGCUGACCCAAUCGCGGUAUGACAGUCCAGCAACGGGAUCAGUUUCCCGAGUCAUUUUUGUGCCCCAGAGAAAAGCAGGCGCGCUUCGGAGAUAACUCGACUGUUCUGAACGAAGAAAGAAUUCGCUCAUCAUAGGCUGGGACGACACACGCGCCUAGUACAGGUAAUCAACGCCAGUCGGGUCACUGCCUCGUAAGGCCGACCCGGUCCUUGUACGCAGCGACGGACAGCCGUCAUCAAGAGCCGUUGUGGUUCGGAACUGAAAACCAAAGAGCUCCGGAAAACUGUGGAAACACCAUAGCGUUGCAGCAGCGAAGCAGACUACACUCGGAAAGUUUUCAGGCUUGGCCCAGUCAUCGACACGAUUUGGACGCCGAGUAGUAAUGCAAGGGGGAAUGCUUGCCUCAGAAGCAAGAGACACCACCAGACGCUGCACAGCCACGACGCAUUGGCGCUAAACACUGGCGUCGGGAAUUGUUGAGCGAACGGACACUUACAGCGUAACUCCAUUGCGUCCCACGCUACGUGUUGGCGAGUAUACUUGAAAAAGUCAUUACUCAUGAACCUCAAGAUCAGUAUUUGAGGCAGGGAACCCUUCCUUGCAAUUUAGACAACUACGACGAAGGCAACCAGCAACUUUGGUUGGUUGAAUGCGGCUAUGUGCGUGCCAACUCAUUAUCACAAUCUCUAGCGAGGCUUUCGCAAAAGAAUCGCCAGGAGUAUCCCAAUAGUAAUCUUUCACCCUCGACUGAACCUACAUGUUUUUUGUGUUGUCGGCAUCGGCAUUCCACAAAUAUGAGUGCGGGCACUUGAACACCCGUGCGAGUGAGUGCUUGCGUGUGCGAUGACUCGUGUGUGUGGCUACGAGUGCCCGUCGCACUGCACACUGACGUUCAAAGGAAUGGAGCUGAAGACAGUCUAAAUGAAGGCCAGUCAGCAGUGCCAACAUUCGAAGAAUGCUGAAAACUGCUCCGCACUGCACGAUGUUUCAAACUGCACUGCAAGAAUUUUGUUGGUGCCACAACUGAUCUGAUAAAAAUGCAGUCUUGUACAAGUGAACGCCGCUUAACUCGAGGACGGCGCGUCCUUUUGGACAGUAGCGUAGACGACUCAGGGUCACAGCAACCGUCUGUCUCGAGCUGAAUCAGCUGCGCGGUGCCGUUUGACUAUUAUUCAGAGUGUGGAUCAGGCGGAAGCUGCGUGGACGCUCUGUUUCCGUCCACACUUCUCGCAGACAAUUUAGCUUAUGACGCCGCUUACGUGCCCGUGCAACAGGAUCAGAAGGGAAGCUCAACGCAGCAAGAACUUCCAAUAGUCCUUGCGCUGUAGAGCCGGCUACGGGUAUCUGGUAUCUGAUAUACAAAAGCAAAUGCGUCGAAUGGUGCUGAUAUGCAACCGGCUUUUUUUGAAGAGCAUGACUGACCGGCGCCUGCGACAGCUGUUUCUUUUCCCUUUGACAAAACUAUCCGGUGGUAGGCAUUGUGAAUGAGACUUCACUUGUUCGUCCGACCCGUAGAUGAUUCAGGCUUUCGAAGCGGCUGCGAAAUUAUCCUAAGGUUGUGUUUCUUCCCGUCCUUCAAAAUUGAUACAAAAACAUCUUGGUCGCUUAUUAUGUCGUUAACCUGCAUCCGUGAGCGCAUUUUUAUUGAAUGGCAGCAGCGUUUCUGACUAAGCUGGAAACUGAGGCUUCUCGUCAGUUGGUGGAGCGCACACAGUUGUCCUCACAAGGAUACGCCGAAUAACUAAGAGCGAUAACAGAUUUGGUGGUGUUAAACGCCUACCCUAGUCUCAACCUAUUAGGCCUCAAGGGUUGCAA